GUCUCCUCCUCCAUCAUGCUCACUCUCAUCCGCCCCCUUUCAACGGAUUCGCUUUAAUCCAUCGACACCGGCCUAACUUGAACUGAAAAUUAUUUAAUUCUUCGUGACGGGUGCUAUCGUGUGGAAUUGGAACCAAUCCGAUAUCUCUAUUCGGUACAUAGGGACCGCUCCAGUCAAUUUCUUCUUCAACCUCAAAUCAUAACCGGGAAGGAACUCAACACUCAGAGCUUUGGCCGCCUUCGUCGAUCUCCAACCCGGCCAAAUUCCGUAUUGCAUUACCCAUUUAUAAAUACUGCUGAUUCUCAAUCUUUCCUAUCGCCUUUUCCAUAUCGGCUUUUCCCUAUCACCCUCUAAAAUUUCAUCCAAAUCCUCGCAACAAUCCUUCAUCAACAACACUCGGCCAUCAUUCACUAUGGCCCCCCAGAAACAGCAGCUGCCGCCCUUUCAGAAGGACGAGCGCGUCCUCUGUUUCCACAUGGAGAUGCUCUACGAAGCGAAGAUUCUCGAUGUUAUGUCUGGCGAGAACGGCGAGGGCUGGCUGUACAAGAUCCACUACAAGGGCUGGAAGAGCAGUUGGGACGAUUGGGUGCCCCAGGACCGUGUGCGCAAGUUCACCGACGAGAACAAGGAUUUGGCCUCCCAGCUUCUAGCGCAGUAUAAAAUGCUCCAGUCCGGCAAAGGGGCCAAACAAACGGCCAAGAAGGGAGGAGCUGCCGCCCGGACGGCAAACGGUUCCGACAUGAGUUCCGCCCGAGGAAGUGAAGAGCGAACCGCUGCCACCACGACCAGCGGCCGCGGCCCACGAAGGGCCAGGGACUACGAGCUUGAGCAGGAGGACAAUUUCCAUCACCGGCCCUCGAUUAAGAUACCUGUGCCAGAUCAUCUCAAGUCGAUGCUCGUCGAUGAUUGGGAAAACGUCACUAAAAACGGGCAACUUGUUCCGCUUCCGCAUGCCCACCCUGUCAGCGAGAUCUUGAAUGACUAUCUCGCCUACGAGACACCCAACCGGCAGGAAGGUAGCGCCUCGCGAGACCUCCUAGAGGAGGCAAUGGCCGGUCUCCGCGAGUACUUCGACAAGUCGCUCGGCCGUAUCCUUCUGUACCGUUUCGAGCGCGUGCAAUACCACGAGAUGAACAAGCUGUGGAACCAAGCAGACGGCAAAAACAAGAGUGCCGUUGAUACUUAUGGCGCAGAGCACCUGUCGCGUCUCCUGGUCUCCCUGCCCGAGCUCAUCGCGCAGACGAAUAUGGACCAGCAGUCCGUCAACCGUCUCCGCGAAGAGCUUAUGAAGUUCAUCAAUUGGUUCUCCCGACACGGCAUCAAGUACUUUGCCAGCCAGUACGAGACUCCGGGUGCCGGUUACGCACAGCAGGUGGACAGUGCCUAGUCAGCCAACCCGGUUUGGCGGCCCUCGUUGUGGCUGCCGAAGCCCAAGCGAGAACAUUCUUGCUAGAACACGGGCCACGCCAGCUGACUUUUGAAGGACCGCUGGAUCUGGGGUUGACGCCGAUGUGCCUUGAUUCUUUGGGACGAAGGUUACCGGCAGGAUGAAGGACCGCGGCUUUUCUAGUGUUUUGUAGAGUAACUUUCUUUUCUUUGCUUUUUGGAGCGGUAAUAUAUUAACACUCUUUUUGACAA